GUGUGUUAUUUUCUCUCGAGCCAAACAGCAUCUUUCUCCCUACAGUGUAGGUAGGCAUGCGAGUGCGUACUCCCCGAUAAAUUUGCCGCGGAAGCCCGUCGAUCGCCGCCAUCCGGGAAUCGGCAACCCGCGGGUUCCGGCGAUCCUUUUGACUUUCGGAAAUGGCGUCGGAGGAUGUGGUUGGGAAGACGACGAGCGAGUCGGCGGUCACGACGAUCGUUAACCUCGCCGAGGAGGCGAAGCACGCCAGCGAGGGAGUCAAGGCUCCGAGCCACGUCUUCCUCAGCGUCUGCAAGUCUCUCGUCGCCGGAGGAGUCGCCGGCGGAGUGUCACGUUCUGCUGUUGCUCCAUUGGAAAGAUUAAAAAUUUUGCUCCAGGUCCAAAAUCCUCACAGUAUCAGAUACAGUGGAACGAUUCAGGGUUUGAAGUAUAUAUGGAAAACUGAGGGUGUUAGAGGAAUGUUUAAAGGCAAUGGAACUAAUUGUGCUCGCAUUGUUCCAAACUCUGCUGUCAAAUUCUAUAGCUACGAGCAGGCAUCUAAGGGUAUUCUAUGCCUUUACCGACAGCAAACUGGAGAGGAAGAGGCUCAACUGACACCUCUUUUACGCCUUGGAGCUGGUGCGUGUGCUGGAAUUAUUGCCAUGUCAGCAACUUACCCAAUGGACAUGGUACGAGGUCGACUGACUGUUCAGACAGAGAAAUCUCCUCGCCAGUACAGAGGAAUCUUCCAUGCCCUUACAACAGUUCUCCGAGAAGAAGGGCCCCGCGCUUUAUACAAGGGCUGGCUACCGUCUGUCAUAGGAGUUGUACCUUAUGUUGGUCUCAACUUUGCCGUCUAUGAAUCUCUAAAAGACUGGUUGAUUAAAGCUAGACCUUUUGGACUAGUUGAGGAUUCUGAGCUGAGUGUGACAACAAGGCUUGCAUGUGGAGCUGCAGCUGGAACUGUUGGCCAGACGGUUGCUUACCCUCUUGAUGUUAUCCGGCGGCGAAUGCAGAUGGUGGGCUGGAAAGAUGCUGCUUCAAUUGUGACUGGUGACGGGAAAAGUAAGGCACCUCUCGAAUAUACUGGGAUGAUUGAUGCAUUCAGGAAGACAGUUCGGCAUGAGGGGGCCAGAGCGCUCUACAAGGGCUUGGUCCCUAAUUCUGUGAAGGUGGUCCCGUCUAUAGCCAUUGCGUUCGUGACUUAUGAGGUGGUGAAGGACAUUCUUGGAGUUGAGAUGAGGAUAUCUGAUUGAGCAAGACGACUUCUAUAUAUCUUGUUCAUCUUUCUGCUAAUUCUUUAGACAAAACGAAGGGGAUAUUAGGAGAAGGUAUAUUUGCUGAUUCUUUAAUAUUGAGAUAGCAGCGAAUUUCGAAAUGCUUUUGGAGCAAAUCUUUAGCCUUUCUAUUCUUGUGCUUUUGCAUCAUGGAAAUAAGUAAGCUUUAAGAAAUGAUUGCGAGAAGAAUGUAAAGUAAAUCCUUAAUUAUAUAUGUGCAGCUGGUUUACGAAACACGAUUUUAUACUCUUUUUUGGUGUUCUUCUAGUGUCGUUUCUCUAUGGCCACCGUUUAUAUUGAUAUUUUGCUUUAUGAUGUGUGCAUCGUUUGGUUGGCUUUUGUGACCU